GCCGAGCCCCCGGGCGGCUCCCGGGGAGACCCCCGCGCCGGGCGGGCCCGGGCGGCGGCCAUGCCAGUGCGUGCGGCUGGUGCUGAGUCAGGAAGAGGCGUCCCCAAAUCCCGGUCCGAGACCAUGGAGGAGCUGGAACACACCUGCCCACAGCCGCGCCUGACUCUGACGGCACCUGCUCCAUUCGCUGAUGAAACAAGCUGUCAGUGCCAAGCACCCCAUGAGAAGUUAACCAUUGCACAAGCGCGCCGGGGAACACCAGCUGACAGACCUGUCAGAGUGUAUGCAGAUGGAAUAUUUGACCUCUUCCACGCUGGCCAUGCUAGAGCUCUUAUGCAAGCCAAAACUCUAUUCCCAAAUAGCUACUUACUAGUAGGAGUUUGCAGUGAUGAUUUAACUCAUAAAUUCAAAGGCUUCACUGUGAUGAAUGAAACGGAGCGAUACGAAGCCCUCAGACACUGUCGUUAUGUGGAUGAGGUCAUCAGAGAUGCACCCUGGACACUGACACCUGAGUUCCUUGAAAAACAUAAGAUUGACUUUGUAGCACAUGAUGACAUCCCCUACUCUUCCGCUGGAUCGGAUGACGUAUACAAACACAUAAAGGAGGCAGGAAUGUUUGUACCUACGCAGAGAACCGAAGGCAUCUCCACAUCGGACAUCAUCACACGCAUCGUGCGCGACUACGACGUGUACGCGCGGCGCAACCUGCAGCGAGGCUACACCGCCAAGGAGCUGAACGUCAGCUUCAUCAAUGAGAAGAAAUAUCGCUUUCAAAACCAAGUGGACAAAAUGAAAGAAAAAGUCAAGAAUGUGGAGGAAAAAUCAAAAGAAUUUGUUUACAAGGUGGAAGAGAAGAGCCAUGACCUCAUUCAGAAAUGGGAAGAAAAGUCCAGGGAAUUCAUUGGCAACUUUUUAGAGCUGUUUGGACCUGAUGGAGCUUGGAAGCAGAUGUUCCAGGAACGAAGCGGCCGAAUGCUCCAGGCUUUUUCUCCCCGGGAGAGCCCCAACAGCAGUCCUACACGAGGCCGCUCGCCGUCCCGCUCUCCAUCUCCACCCUGGGUCAUCAAUAAGACCUCCCCUCCCUCUUCUCCAAAAGCUGCCUCUGCCUCCCUCAGCAGCAUGAGCGAGGGAGACGAGGAUGAAAAAUAAAAUAUCUAUUUUUUUAACCAUGAGACAGAAGAACAAGCUAUGAACUCAGCCACUGGAUGGGGAGAAGCAUGAGGAACACCAGGGGUAUCUCUGGCAGCAGGGAUCGUGCUCUGGGAGAUGUCAAAAAUGAACUGGAGCACAGCAAGGGAGAUCUCAGGAAGAGCUUAUCCCAUCCCCACUCCCUCACAGUGCUGGAGGCCCAGCCAGCAGCACUUGCCAGGCACAGCCCAGGCACUGGCAGAAAACCACACCCAUGUGCAAGUUCCUGCCCCCGUCCUGCUGCUUUCCAGCUGCGGCUCCAGGCACCGAGGGGGGCUGGCAGGAGGAGCCCAGCUGGCUCCUGAUCCAGACCCAGCACACAGGGUAGUGCUGGCUGCAGCCUGCAGAGAGAGAAGAUGCAGUUGUACCCUGCUGACCUUGAGCUCUUCUGGCACACGAAGGAAUGGCAUUGCUGCAGCAAAUAUGUUGAGAAACUGGGAAUAAAGUUGGGGUUUUUUUUGUUUUUGAAUAACAUCUACCCCAGAGCCCAAAUAAUGCACUGAAAUGAAGAGAUCUCCAGGCAAGUUGGUGGAAAUCCAUUUAACAUAUUCAGUGCUGCUUGUUGACCAAGCCUCUGUGUGGGGUGUAGGUAAGGAAUCAGGCUUUUUGCUUUAUCAAAUCACUCUCCAUGUUCCUAGUGCCUGAACAGCUGCCUAAUCACUUCUGGUUUGCUCCCUGGCUUUGCACUUUGAAGGCAAGAAAGUAAAUGAAAAGACAGCCAUAGCUGGAAUGUGGUGGUGUAGGAAAUAAAUGAUGAAUUAUAAAAAUAUCCCAAGGCCUUUGGACGUGGCCUCCUAGGAAAAGCUGCUGCUCCCAGUUAUGUAUCAGCAUAUGACAAGCAAACAGAGCUGUUGUCACAUGGUAUUCAGCCAGUACAAACUUCUCAUCAAACUCUAAACAAGAUGUGUUCACAGACAUCAAACUCCAAACAAGAUGUGUUCACAGACACACUGCCCCUGCAGAGGAUCCCAAGGCUAUUCCUCUACACUAAUACGGAGAAAAAAAAAGGAAAAAAAAAAGAACAAAGAAACUUUUUGAACAGGAUUAGGCACAACUGUUUUAUUUCUCUGUCCAUGACAGGUGUGCAGCCUCAAGCAGAAACACAGGUGAAGCUCUCCCCUCGAUGCUGAUCUUCCUAGCUGGCCAAGCCAGUCCUGCCUGACAUCUGGUUCCACGUUCAGUCCCUCAGCUGACACCUGCUGGGGUGGCUGCAGGAGCUGGCAGGACUCCUGAGCCCUGGGGCUGCUCUGCCCCACAGCUGCAGGAACCCCCCAGCAGUGUGUGGGGCUGUGCCACUGAUGCCACUUGGCUCCCCAGCUUGCCUGGCACAGCUGCCUCAGUGCACAGGCACGUUUGAGGCUCUCCAGCCCAGCAGCAGCUUUGGUGCCAGGCCAGCAGGUGACAGCUGCCACUGUCCCUGUCUCACAGGCAGCCUGGGCAGGGGGCUGCAGCCACAGCAGCACUCCUGUGCCACCACUGCCUGCAACUGCAACCCCACCAGGACACGCUGGCUGCUGGGGGCAGCACCAGUCAGCAUUUGCUGGAUCCCUGCACAGGCAGCACAGGAAAUGCUGGAGGAGGGAGGGCUCCAUGUCUCUCUUGGGAAAAAGCUGAGGGACUGAGAUGCCCACGCAUGUGAUGUGGCUGUGCUUGCUGGCAGCAGCAUCCCCUGGCUGCUGGCCUUACCUCCCUGGGUGACCUGGUUGGCAGGUAGGCACCUUUCCAGAUACUCUCCUGGGCAAGUAAAUUACAGACCUUGGUACCAGGCACCAAAUUAGCCCCACACUCUGCUCACUCCCUACAGCUUUCAUCCCUCCUCCACUACAAGGUAACUGAUUUGCUUUGGCAGCGUUUUGCCAGACACUUCUCAGACCACCACAAGACCGAGUACACAGCAUCUCAUACACUUUGUCCUCUGGAGUCAAGCUAGUUCCUUCACAGCUGCAAAAACAGGUGAGCAGGAAAUAGGGUGGAAUGUGCAAAGGGACAGCCACAGAUAUUUCAGCUGCCACCAGCUGUGUGCCUGAUGGGAUGAUGCAAUUAAGACCUUUCUCAGCCUUAGGCAACCUGUUACUGUAAUUUCAUACCUGAGAUGCACUUGUUAGUUUUUCUGAUCCUUUGCAAGUCUCAAGUCUUCCCAUCACAACCACUCCUCCACCACAGGAACUGUCUGCUUCUACUGGUGCUGUUGACAGACGAGCCAUAUCCAAAUGCAACGGAGGUGGGCAAGGAUUUGUUGUUCUUGGCUUUUACCAUUGUUUCUUGUUCAUUUUACUUUCCUGGCAGUUACUGUUCAGCAGCCCUUGCUCAGUGGGUUAAAUGGAGACAGCACCACGACUUGUACAUGGGAAGUAGAGAAAAACUCACCAGUGACCUGUUCUUAACAGAAUGUUUCUCAGGGUCACAGGUGGCUACCCAGCAACAAAGCCAUAUUCUGUACCAGGUGUCUUGUUUGCAUUUAGGAUAUCACUAAGCUGAAGCCUUUGCCCUGCUGGUACAUUCAUGUGCUGUCUCCUGCAAACCAGAACCUCAUGGUGUCUGGACAUGUGGAAGACAAUUUUGCACUUCUGAGUCAUGGUUGGGUUUUCCUUUUCACAAGUAUUGCUUUAAUUUAGUCCUCUUUAUCAGCCAAGCUCCACAUGAACAAUAAAGUGUAUGACAGACA